AUGUCCAUUCUCCCGUCGACUCAGGACUCGGUGUCAGGGUCCUCCAUUGAAAAAUCCGCACCCACCGUCAAGGUCGACAUGGGGGCUCCCGUCAUUCACGAUGAGCCUCUGUCAAGGUCUGAUAUGAUCCCCGCCGAGGUGCCGCCUCAGUGGCCCAAGGUUCGAUCCAAUUGGCAAGAUGCAUUUUCCGAGUUCUUUGGGACCAUGAUUCUGCUCUUGUUUGGCGAUGGUGUCGUUGCCCAGGUCGUUCUCAGCAAUGGCACCAAAGGCAACUAUCAGAGUAUUUCAUGGGGCUGGGGGAUUGGCGUCAUGCUCGGCGUAUAUGUCGGCGGCAAGUCGGGCGGCCACAUCAACCCGGCUGUUACCCUGGCCAACUGCGUCUAUCGCGGCCACCCUUGGCGCAAAUUCCCGGUCUACGCCUUUGCCCAGCUGCUAGGUGCCAUGACAGGCGCCGCCAUCAUCUAUGGAAACUACCGCUCUGCUAUUGAUGCCUUUGAGGGAGGAACUGGCCUCCGCACCGUCAGUGGCCCCAAUGCUACUGCCGGCAUCUUUUGCACGUACCCUGCCCCUUUUAUGACGCGAACCGGCAUGUUCUUCUCUGAAUUCAUCGCCAGUACGAUUCUCCAGUUUGUCAUUUUUGCAAUGGCCGACAACGGCAAUAUUGGAGCCGGGCCUCUGCUGCCACUGGGACUCUUUUUCCUGAUUUUUGGUAUUGGCGCCUGCUUCGGUUGGGAGACCGGCUAUGCCAUCAACUUGGCUCGUGAUUUUGGGCCUCGUCUGGUUACAUAUAUGAUUGGCUAUGGCCCCGAAGUAUUUUCCUUUGGCGGCUACUACUUUUGGAUCCCCAUGGUUGCCCCCUUCCUCGGCUGCCUGACCGGCGGCGGUCUCUAUGAUCUCUUCAUCUACACGGGCGAGUCGCCCAUCAACUCUCGCUACCUCGGCUUCAACCGACUCCUCAAGCCGCGCCGCAGCGUGUGGUCAAACACAUAUAACAAGUCGCCCGAAUCUAGAGUAUAA